AUGCAGCAAACUGCAACUUUUUCAGUGAUGGAUGUUGGGUUUUUGAUUCAUCCUACCCACUCUACGAUUCAUCUGCAUGUCCCUUCAUACAGCGUGAGUUUGACUGCCAGAGAAAUGGCCGGCCGGACCAGAAGUACCUCAGUUACCGGUGGCAACCUCAGGGCUGCCGGUUGGCAAGUGCCCGGGAUAAAGUAUAAUCGAACCAGAGUUGGCUCCAUUUCCACCGUCACAUUUUUGGACUUUGGAGUAAAAGUGAAGUACGAUUUGAAUCCAUUUCUGGUGGAUUUAAUAGCCACAGAGAAUGGUACGUUGUUGAUACUAGACUCAGUGGCUGAGAAAGCAAAUCUAUGGAGACAGAAUGAAGUGCUCCUCUUCAACACCUACCAAUGGUGGUAUUACAGGGGAACCAAACAACCGUGGCAAUUUGUUAAAGUGGGAGACAAGAUAUUGAAAGACAUCGACCGAAAUAUUGCCCUCAAGAGGGCACUUGGUACAUGGGGUCAGUGGGUAGACAGCGACAUGGAUCCUGCUAAGACCAGGCUGUUCUUUCAACUGGUUUCUCCAUCACAUUACGAUGGCAGGGAUUGGAACCAACCCGAAGCGAGGAACUGUGCAGACCAAACGGAGCCAGUGCUAGGCUCUGUAUAUCCAGGAAGGUUGCCGCCAGCUUUAGGGUUGCAGAAGGAGGCAUUGAGCUUAAUCAAGAAGCCCGUGACAUUGUUGGAUAUAACACAUCUUUCGCAGUUUCGCAAAGAUGGGCAUCCUUCCAUUUAUGGGCAGGAUGGAAGGAGUGGAAUGGAUUGCUUGCAUUGGUGCGUAGGGGGUGUUCCUGAUAUUUGGAAUGAAAUCUUGUACAAUCUUCUGUUCAUCCCAUGA